CCGCCGUAGAAGCAUCUGCUAACCAGUUAGCUACACACAAGUAGCUGUUAAUGCUAAUAAAACAUUAAAAAUAAACGCUAUUUAUGAUAAAUAGGCGGACAAAACCCGACUACAUAUCCUGUUGAGCGAUGGAAGGAGAAAACACGUUUAAGCAGUGGAAGAAACAGAGUCUGAACCGGCUGGAUUUGAGUAAAAAGGGCAGUAUAGACAGAGAUGUUGCUAAUAUUGUGUCUUUCAUAAACAGCUCGGAGCAUCACUUCACCACGAGCUCCUGUUCUGGGAGGAUCAUCCUCAUCGACGGGGUAUCUGACCGUACAGAUGUACAGAAGCAAAACUGCUCCUGGUUAUUUGUCACUCAUGAGAAGUGCAAGAAAGAUGAUGUAGUGGCUGCUUUGCAGAAGUCUUCGGGAGAUGCUGUGUUUAAGUUUGAACCCUGUGUUCUCCACGUCCAGUGCAGACAGUUGGAGGACGCACAACUUCUGCACUCUGUUGCUAUAAACUCUGGUUUCCGGAACUCAGGAGUGACCAUUGGAAAGAAAGGCAAAAUCAUUAUGGCUGUGCGCAGUACUCACUGUCUUGAGGUUCCUCUCAGCCACAAAGGACAAGUCCUGGUUUCUGAAGAAUACAUUGAUUUUCUUGUUGGAGUUGCUAACAGCAAAAUGGAUGAAAAUCUGAAGAGGAUAGAAAGGUUCUAUAAUUGUUUGAAAUCUGCCUUGGAACCAGAGGAAGUUAAAACCCAUUUGAAGGAAGAACAAUCGGACAAGAAAACUGUCUACAGGCGGCGGAGAAAAAGAAUACAGGACAGUGCCGGGUCAGACGGCGGAGUCAAAAACCAAAGUGAAAGUGACCAGGAAGAUGACCUGGAAUGUGAACUGACAUUAUUUUCAUAAUAUUUAUUGAGGAUGUACAGUGGUAUCGCAAUCAUAGCAGCAUUGGCUGGUAAUUGCAUAAAAACCAUCAACAUCGGACGCAUGUGUAGAUUUGACUGAUAUUUCAAACUGAUAUUUAAUGACAUACUUAUUGAAAUCCAGAAGAGCAGAAUGUUUGUACCGUGCUGAAUCACUUUCCUGUUAUCUGCAUUUGUAACUCUACAGAAAUAAAUGUUAUAUUUUUCUGGAA